CUUCCGGUUGUAGUCUGAAUUUAAAAGUUGUCCGGUUUCAGGAAAUCAAACGAAAUGCCGGUUUACAAAGUUAACAUAAAAUGGGGCAAAGAGAAAUUUGAGGGCAUUGAAUUAAGUACUGAUGAACCACCAAUGGUAUUCAAAGCGCAGUUAUUUGCUUUGUCUGGUGUACAGCCUGAUAGGCAGAAGGUGAUGAUGAAAGGAGCGGUGCUCAAAGACGAUACAUGGGACAGAUUUAAACUUAAAGAAGGGAGUACUUUACUAAUGAUGGGUACUGUUGCUGCUUUGCCUCAAGAACCUGUCAAGAAGACUUUGUUCAUGGAAGACAUGUCUGAAGAGCAGCUAGCAACUGCACUUGAGUUGCCUGCUGGUUUAACCAAUCUUGGUAAUACAUGUUAUAUGAAUGCGACUGUACAAUGCUUGAAAUCUGUGCCUGAAUUAAGAAAUGCAUUGCAGAAAUUCAAAGGUGGUAUGACUGAAGGUGGUGCCAUGUUACCAGCACAGUCUAUAACAGCUGCAUUACGAGAACUCUACACUGCUAUGAAUACAAGCUCAUCUACAAUUCCACCUAUUGUCCUCCUACAAGUACUGCACAUGGCUUUCCCUCAGUUUGCCGAGAAAUCAGAACAUGGUAGUUACCAACAACAGGAUGCAAAUGAGUGUUGGACACAGAUUGUUAGAUUGUUGCAACAAAAACUGCCUGGUGAAGGAAUGGCGGAAUCAAAUGAAGCAGCGCCUGAUAAAAGUUUUAUAGAUCAAUAUUUUGGUAUUGAAAUGCAGAGUGUAAUGAAAUGUAUAGAAGCAACUGAGGAAGAAGAGACCAAAUCAUCAGAAACUUUAUAUCAACUUAGUUGUUUUAUAUCACAAGAUGUCAAGUACAUGCAGACAGGAUUAGCCUCACGUAUGAAAGAACAUAUAGAGAAGCAUUCACCAACCUUAGAUAGAAAUGCACAGUAUCAGAAAGAGUCUAAAAUUAAACGUCUACCAGCAUAUCUAACAAUACAGUUUGUAAGGUUUUUUUACAAAGAGAAGGAAGGAGUCAAUGCUAAAAUAUUAAAGGAUGUUAAAUUUUCUACAAGUUUAGAUAUGUAUGACCUUUGUACGCCAGAAUUACAACAAAAAUUAGUUCCAAUGAGAGACAAGUUUAAAGAAGAUGAAGAUAAGAAGGUGGAGGAAGCACAGAAGGCUAAAGAAAUCCUUGGUAAGCAAAAAGAUAAGGACACAGUCGCACCAAUACCCAUGGAGGUUGAUAAGAAUAAAAAAACAAGACUAGAACCAUUCUCAUUUGAAGAUGAUAUUGGUUCCAGUAACAGUGGAUAUUAUGAAUUACAAGCUGUGUUAACACAUCAAGGCAGAUCAAGCUCAUCUGGUCACUAUGUUGCAUGGGUUAAAAAGAGCGGAGAUGACUGGGUGAAAUGUGAUGAUGAUAGAAUCUCCAUGGUAACAGCCGAGGAUGUCCUUAGGUUAUCAGGCGGUGGUGAUUGGCACUGUGCUUAUGUGUUGAUCUAUGGUCCAAGAAGACUUGAAGUAGAACUGGAAGACUAAGGAGGGUCUCAACAUAACAGCUGUUGCUUAGCAACGUUUGACUUGUUUAUAUGCUGUAAAUUUUCCACUCAGUAUGAAUGAGAAAAAUCAUUGAUCUUGUCAAAAAUCACUGUUGCUAGUUCAGAAAUGUUCUUCCAUUUUCAAUCACAUCUAUAUGUCUAUACAAAGCUAUAAAUAGCAUGUCUUAAAGUGAGCCCUCUAGAGUUCUUAUGUGGAUAUCCAUUGAAUACACCACUAUAAAACCAUUAUUCACUGGUUUUUAAUUUUACUGAUUACUGAAAUGCAUUAUGGGACUAGUUAUCUUGAAUGUAACUGUUUGAUUUGUUCACUGACGCGAGUAUUAGGUUCUGUGAAUUUACUAUUUGCAUGAAAGUGAAAUAAAGUGAAAUAAAAUUCUA